AUGUGUAUUACGAACCUUCCUGUCGCGUCUGUGGUAUCUAACACGGCUUACCAAAAACUCGAUUUAUUGGCGAACGAUGUUCAGGUCAACUUAACUGGUAAAUUACUUUUAAAGGACACACACGCUUGUUUUUAUCCUUAUUACUCUGCGACCAAUAUUGAUCGACUUGUGUCUUCAGGAUACAAUCAUAGUCAGACAAAGGAAAAUUUAUCACAAAGCUUAACAGCCAAUGGACCCUUUGGUGGAAGCUGUCGAGUGCAUGGUUCCGUGCCGCCACUCACUCAUUGUAGCUCUGACGAAAUAGCAGCCGUCCCCGAUAUGGAUAUCGGUAGUUUAGGGAUAAAAAGUCCCAUAUUAAGCAACCCCGCAUUUUCUCACUCGAAAUGCCUCCCAAAAAUUCACAAAAGCUGCUUUUGUGUGCGCUUUAUAGCCGAACAUACUAAAAUGCAAGAGGAUUCGACAAAAGUUAAAGAGGACUGGAAAUACGUUGCUAUGGUGUUGGAUAGACUUUUUUUGUGGAUAUUUACAUUGGCCGUUGUAGUUGGUACAGCUGGAAUCAUUUUACAAGCCCCAACAUUGUAUGAUGAUCGUAUUCCCAUCAUUGAACAAAAGGACUUGGACUUCUCUGGAGCAUCGGCCGGACGCUGCAGACCUCCGCAAUAACACUAUUAUUUUGGAGGGACCUAAAGAAUAUUUGAACAGGAUUUAUAUUGUUCCACAAUUCGUCACGGAUCGAAAUCAUCACUCAGUCGACGGCGACGAAGGCAGUGCCGAAAGCACUUUUAAAAUGACUUUUAAUAUAUAAAAAAUAUAUCGUUGUACACUUUUAGAUAUCUAAAAUUACAUUUAAAGUCAUUUCAAACCCCUAGUGAUUUGAGUGGUAUCACACAAUUGCGAUAUUAAAAACUUGGGUUGCAUAAUUUUUAGUAUAUGUUCUCAUAAAACUAAAAUAGUAAUAUAAAUAUACACAAUGACAGAGUUGAAAGAGGUCUGAAAUAAUAUGCUUCUAAUAUAUGAAAGUUAAAUAAAGGUGUAAUACCUACGAAGAGAAAAGAAGAAUUAACAUGUAACGUUUUAUGAGGAAAAAAUGAGACUAGGCAUUCAGGCCAGACUUCUCGAUUUAUUUUUUAUUUGCUAGAAGGAGUAUUAAAUUAAAUUAAAAAAAACGCACCAGAAAAACCAAUUGCUUUUACCUAGUUCAAACAAAGUGUUAUCAUAAAGUUAAGUCAAGUUGUUUAUAUUUAUUUGAUCAUUUGUUGUAAGAACCAUCUAGAUAUCUCAUUCCAAUCCAAAGUCAGGAAAUUAAGAAUAUGUGCAAUCUAUACUUUUUUAUGAACGCUUUUUACUGUCUUUAGUAAUUUGUGCCUAGUUUCUUUACGCGUGUUGCCAAUUAUUAGCCACGCCCUAAAAAAUAUAUGUCAGCAUUGUACGUUCUUAGGACACAUACAUAUAAUUUAAUUUAAAUCUCAAACUUUAGCGUGAAAAUAUGUGAAAUAGAAAGUUAACAUUUUAGAAUAUAGGAAAACCACUAUUGAAAUUAAUUAGAAUGUAUGAAUUUGUUAA